UUUGAUAAGAGAUUCCUGUUCAAAUUGCCCGCCAAACCCACAGCGGGUUCGGUCACAAUUAGCUCUUAAAAAUUGUACGGCCACUCUUAACAAAAUGUCAUAACAACAAUGUCGCUCGUGGACAAAUUAAACUAUUAUAGCAAACGAAAAUCGUUUAAAUAUGGCAUUCCUUUCCUCAUUAUGAUGGUGGCCGGCUCCUUCGGACUGCAACAGUUUUCGAACCUCAGAUAUCAGUACGCCAAGAAGCAGCCGGUGACACCGGAGGAGAUGAAAAAGUACGGCGUGAGUAUGAAAAAUCGCCAGGAGGUGACUCUGGAGUCCGAGUAUGACAAAGUGAAGUCCGUGGACAUAGAAAACUGGGAAAACAAACGAGGUCCACGACCCUGGGAAGAAGAAGAUGACAAGUCGUCGCCGGCGAAACACUAAACAUGUUUUCAGAAUAUAAUCACCUGUUAAAAGCAGACUGUUUGUUGUACAUAGCCAUAAAUAAAUAAUUAUUGUUAAAAUAAAGCAAAACAAUACCCUGUAA